AUGAGCUCGCAAUUGCUUCGUGCAGGCACCAUCACCAGGGUGCGCGUGAACCCUGUUGUGCACCUGACCGUCCUGGACCAGUACCUGCGCCAGGCCUCCGCCGUCAAGCGCGUGUACGGCGUGCUGUUGGGAACAUAUGUCGUCAACACCCUCAACAUCACCUCCUGCUUCGCGGUUCCCGUCACGGAGACAGAGGAGGAGCUGUCCAUUGACCCACACCACCUUGAGGUCAUGAAGACCCUCCACGAGCAGGCCAACCCAUCGGAGAUGAUUGUGGGCUGGUAUGCGUCUGGCACCGAGGACCUUGGUGCGGAUACGAGCCUGCUGCACGCCAGCUUCGAGUCUGCCACCGAGAUGGAAAACCUCAUGUACAUGUUCCUUGACACAUCCUUCCCUGGCGACAAGCUCAGCGUCAAAGCAUUCCAGCCGAUCGAGUGCACGCUGAAGAUGGACGAGGAAGGCGAUGAGGAGGAAGCGGCGGCCGAGGUUGAGCCCACGUCCCGCUCAUUCCUCUUCACUCCCGUUCCCUGCGAGGUGCUCGCCUACGACUCGGACCGCGUUGCACUCAAUGCGCUGAACCGCAGCCUGUCUGCGACCUCUGCUGUGACGCCGCUCAAGUCGAAGCUCGAGGGCGUUAUGCAGUCGACAGACAAGCUCCUUGCUAUGGUCGACAAGGCCCUCAACUACGUCACACAGGUGCACACGACGGUGUUUGUGUGUAUGUGA